AUGGCCCGUGACUCGUCAAGUCACGCGGUGAUUACAGAGUUUCCGGUUCGGGUGAUCAAGCCUGAUCGGGGGAGUGAGCUGAUUGACAUUGCCAAGGGUGCGAUGGAGAUCGGGGAGAUUACUCCGCAGAGAAAUCUGUAUGCUAAGGAAUACUACAGGGAUCCAGGAGCGACAGAAAAGCUCUUUGCCGGAGGAUGGAUACAUAUGGGUGAUUUGGCAGGGUGGCAUCCGGAUGGGGCUAUUCAGAUCUUGAACCGCGCAAAGGACACUGUCAACAGUGAUGGAGAGAUUAUCUCGUCAGUGGCCGUGGAGAGUAUUCUCAUAAAGCAUCUGAGCAUCAUCGAAGCCGCUGUGAUUGGAGUUCCGGACAAGGGAUGGGGAGGAACCCCGAUGGUAUUCAUUACGACGACGCCUGGGUCAAUAGUAAUGGACCUAGAUGUGAUUACCUGGACCCGUGAGAGCUCUGAUAUAGGUCGAUUCAGGGUUCCCCAGGAGGUUCAUAUUGUCCAGGAGCUACCCAAAACCAGCACCGGAAAGAUGCAGGAAAAGGUUCUUCGGGAGCAGGAGGAGAAGAGACGAAAGCGAG